CAUGAACACAAAGAAAAACCACCGGCUGCGUUCGCGCUUAGUUAUGUGGAGUUUGCGUCACUUUGCGAAAAAAAAUGUGUGAGUAGCUGUGCAAAAAUAUUAACCUGGUAAAUAACAGCACCAGGAAGUGGUUUGAGGAAGUAGCCUGCUACCGUGUUUGAGUGACAGACAGCCGACACGGGACGGACGACGGCAGCCCACGGAGCCGAUACUCAAGAUGGCAGGCCUAUCUUUAUACUUUGAAGAUGGCCAUGAUGAUAUGGAUGAUUUUGGAUUUGACGAUUAUUCUUCAGAGUGUGAUGGCAUUCGCAUCACAGCUUUCCUCGAUGCUGGACAAGACAACCUAACUCCUCUUGGGAGGCUAGAAAAGUAUGCGUUCAGCGACAACACCUUCAACAGGCAGAUUGUGGCUCGUGGCCUGCUUGAUGUGCUUCGAGAGUUCAGUGACAAUGAAAAUGACUUUAUCAGUGUCAUGGAGACAGUUGCCAGAAUGUCAGAAGAUGCAGAUCCCACAGUUCGAGCCGAGCUGAUGGAGCAGGUUCCUAACAUCGCCAUGUUUUUGCACGAGAGUCGGCCCAACUUCCCGGCCGCUUUCUCAAGAUACUUGGUGCCGAUUGUUGUCCGGUAUCUCACUGACCCAAAUAACCAGGUGCGAAAGACGAGUCAGGCAGCGCUGCUUGUUCUGCUAGAACAGGGCCUCAUCUGUAAAGCAGACAUGGAGACCAAAGUUUGUCCAGUUCUACUUGACCUGACGGAACCGAGCAGUGAUGAUGACUAUAAAAUAGAAGCAGUUGCUAUCAUGUGCAAAGUAGUCACCAUGUUGAGCAAAGACACGGUGGAGCAUCUGCUGCUGCCACGUUUCUGUGACCUGUGCAGCGACGCUAGACUUUUCCAAGUGCGAAAGGUGUGUGCAACAAACUUUGGAGAAAUUUGCUCUAUUGUUGGUCAAGAGAGCACAGAAAAACUACUGAUGUCCAAGUUCUUCAACCUGUGCUCAGAUUCCCUCUGGGGCAUCAGGAAAGCAUGCGCUGAGUGCUUCAUGACAGUCUCCAACUCCACCUCUCCAGAGGUGCGACGCUCAAAGUUGUCCCCCCUGUUCAUCAACCUCAUCAGCGAUCAGUCUCGUUGGGUGCGACAAGCUGCCUUUCAGUCUUUGGGUCGAUUCAUCUCCACCUUUGCCAGCCCCUCUAGCACAGGACUUCACUUUAGAGAGGACGGCGCCCUCCCAGAGGUCCCCAGGUGUACAACAGACAGUAACUGUCCUCUAAACCCUCUGAACUGCUCCGACAUCAGCGGCUGCCUCAAAGACAGAACCAUCACCCACACACCCCCCAAUCAGGACGGCCGUGCCACCCCCUCACCGGAGCACGUCCCUUCUGCAGAUGGCGAGGACGUGGACAGCUUCGAGGAGAACCGCUCUCCUGUUCCCGUAAACAGACCGGAUGGCUUCACUCUCACAAACAGCAGCGACGGCCCCACAGCCACCAACAACAUCAAGAACACAAAAGAACACGAGCAGACAGACGAGAACUUUAAUUCCUUCAACUAUUGGAGGCCUCCUUUACCCGACAUCAGCGAGGAGCUGGAGAUGCUAAAUUGUGAGAAAUCGGAGGAAGUCACAGAAAAGGAGGAAACGGAAGAGGAGGAGCACCAGGAAAGUAGUUCAGAUUCUAAACCCAGCCCCGGAAAAGCUACCAGCGAUCAAAUCCAAAAGGUCUUGGACUGUUUGACGCCUCACAUUGCUGAUCCCGAUGUACAAGUUCAAGUCCAAGUCUUGUCAGCAGCUCUGAAGGCGGCCCAGCUCGACAGCCCGUCUGACGGCAGCCCGACAGAAACCAGCCCUACCGAGGAGCCGCCUGAAGACAGCCCUGAGGGCCUAUCAGGGGACGGCAUUUCUAUUGAUCUACAGCCGGAGAUGGAGGACGCUAGCACAGACCAAGAAGAAACAAUGGAAAUUUCUCCAGCUGCAGAAACGUGUCCGGUCCAGGAGCAAGAAAAUGAAGAGACUCAAACUGAACCUCUGGAGAAGCAGGAGGAGUCUCCACCCAACUCUCCUGUUCUGGGGCCUCAGAUACUACGGGAGUCUAGCUUAAUUGAAAAUGUGGAGGAGGAGGAAAAGGACGCCUGUCUUCACAGCCCAACGUCAGAGGAUAAGCCCAAAAUCCAGAAUGUCAUCCCUCAGCAGCUGUUGGAUCAGUACCUCUCUAUGACGGACCCCGCCCGGGCCCAGACGGUGGACACGGAGAUAGCCAAACACUGUGCCUUCAGCCUUCCGGGUGUGGCGCUCACUCUGGGCCGACAGAAUUGGCACUGCCUAAAGGACACAUAUGAAACCCUCGCCACGGACGUGCAGUGGAAGGUGCGGCGAACGUUGGCUUUCUCCAUCCAUGAGCUGGCGGUUAUCCUGGGGGACCAGCUGACUGCAGCUGAUCUGGUUCCCAUCUUCAACGGCUUCCUCAAAGACCUAGAUGAGGUUCGCAUCGGCGUGCUCAAGCACCUGUACGACUUCCUGAAGCUGCUGCACGCAGACAAAAGGAGAGAGUAUCUGUACCAGCUGCAGGAGUUCAUGGUGACGGACAACAGUCGAAACUGGAGAUUCAGAUAUGAGCUGGCAGAGCAGCUGAUCUUGAUCAUUGAGCUGUACAGCCACUACGAUGUGUAUGACUACCUCAGACAGAUCGCCCUCACCCUCUGCUCUGACAAGGUCUCAGAGGUCAGGUGGAUCUCCUACAAACUGGUGGUGGAGAUCCUCCAGAAACUUUAUGCAUGUGGUGCUGACGACCUUGGCCUGAAUUUCAUCAACGAGCUCACCGUCAGGUUUUGCCACUGUCCCAAGUGGGUGGGGAGGCAGGCCUUUGCUUUCAUCUGCCAGGCCGUGGUUGAGGAGGACUGCAUGCCCAUGGAGCAGUUCAGCCAGCAUCUGUUGCCCAGCCUCCUCAGCCUCUCCUCUGAUCCGGUGGCUAACGUCCGAGUUUUGGUGGCCAAGGCUUUACGACAGAGCGUCAUGGAGAAAGCUUACUUCAAGGAGCCGGGCUGUGCCUACUCCGACGAGCUUGAAGAGACAGUGAUGACUCUGCAGUCUGACAAGGACCGCGACGUGAGGUUCUUUGCCAGCUUGGACCCAAACAAAGGCUUAAUGGACACGACUCCUUUGAUUUAGCCUCGCCGCCUAAAACCCCAUCACAGCUCACCUGCCUGUCUUACCUGUCUGACUGACUGAUGCACAGUCAGCUUAACCUUCGACACCAGCACCCAACCAGACCCACUCCAACCCCUCGCCUUCCAGACAGACCCCCCCCCCCCCCCACCUCUUUGGGAAUCAUGCCAGAAGUUUGUUUUUAAGCAUUUUCCUGCAACACACCCCCCGUCUCUGGUUGGGCAACACAAAGCGCACAUUAAUACAACAGAAACAAGCAAUUUUUCUACAAAGUUAACGGAACACGAGCUCGACUCUGAUGGCUGCCUUAGCUCAGACCGAUCUCUGCCCCCCGCCCUCCAACUAACACCCACCCCGCCACAGACUUGCUCUCCAAAGCUCAUACUAAGCUUGGUAAUGGAUAUUAAAAGAUAUUUUUUCUUAAUUCUUCUUUUUUGUGGGUUUCUUAACAAACAAAGCCUGACUAGGCACGUACACUAACUCAGGGGGACUCCAAACCUAAACAGCAUUAUUAAGCUCACACUGCUGGAGCCAGCGUGGAGAAAAAAUCAGACCAGCCAAAAACGAGUAGCUCUGCUGGUCACUCGUCUCUGAGACAUGUUGUCGUCUGAGACGUCCUCUUGUCUUUUCCCCUCACCUGAUCUUUAUGGGCCACACACAAAAAAACUCCACUGCUGCUGCACAGUAAGAACGAUGAUUCUGUUACUCUUUGAUGUUUUGAAACCUAACAAACUUUUGCUUCCCCCGUCUGUGUCUGAUAACCCAAAACAAUGUGACGCAGUGCGUCUCCCAGGUGACGGGAGACUGAUAAAAUACCUCUGUUUGGACAUGACCGGCCAGUGCGUCGCACACGUGGAGAGACAACUGUGAUCACACAGGCUCUGAAUGUCCUCAGACGGUGACUUUUUAAAGCUUUUUUUUUUGGUUGUUAUUUUCUGACAUGAUUCUGUGGUGUUUGGGAAGAAAAAAACACAAGGGCUCAUGAUGAACUGACACAGGGUGAUUCCAAACUCUGAGAGGAGGAAGAAAGCAAGCACACUGUUGGAUAAUGCAUGUUCCCCCUCCAUCCCUACUGCUGUGUAUCGUUUCUACCACUUCUUUAAUGUUGAUAUCAUUCUGUCACAUCGUGGCCACGGGUGCUUUCAGUGGAUCUGGCUGACCAUUUGUACAGUAGAACAUAGUAGGGGCUGUUGGGAGGCUGAAAGAUUCCCCGUCUUGGUGGAACAGCUUUGAGUAUAAAUCAGAUUUGUUUCACUUUUUUGUAUAGCUUAAACCUGUGGAGAGGAAAAAAAGUGUGUUAAUGAAUAAGGCCAGUUGUGUGUGUGUGUGUGUGUGUGAGUGUGAGAAUACUGGGAGCUGUCACCAAGUCACUUUUGUUUCUCUAGUCUCAAGCUCAUUUGUUGUAAAUGCCCCCCUCCCCCCCCCCCCUUUUUUUUGUCCUCCCCUCUCAUGAGCAUAAUUUGAGGACGUGAGCUGAUUGUGGUGUGUGCUGCUGUGCAUCUCAAGUCUUUCUUCCUUGGAAAGGAGAGCUCGCCGCAGUAAUGGCUCAUCUCGUCUGUCUGCAAUGUGUGUCCAUCUCAUUUUUUAUGUAGUAGAACAGUUAAUAUAUACAUUUUAUGGAUUUUUUUUUCUUUUUCAAUUAUGCACCACAGCUCAAAGAUUUUAUAUCCUAACUUUACAAAAUUUGCAAUCUUUGUAAUAUUCAAUGGUUUCUUUUAAUAAGACAUUUUAUGUAAUGUUAUUUUUAGUAUUCUGUAAUUAAAAUGAUGGAAAUAAG